CCGCCCUCUUUCUGGAGGAGGAGCCCAGAGCGUACGGGAGGGGGCGGACCUUUGCCCCUCCCGAACUUGGGCCGGAGUGGUGCGGGCGGCGCGAAGCGGCGAUUCCCACGUGUUGGCCUUCUCACGCUAACCCACUUUGGUCCUCCUUGAGGUCCCGGGCCUGUGGGCCCGCUUCCUGCCAAGAUGCCGAAGGUCAAGUCGGGGGCCAUUGGCCGCCGCCGCGGGCGGCAGGAGCAGCGCCGGGAGCUGAAGAGCGCUGGAGGACUCAUGUUCAAUACGGGAAUUGGGCAGCACAUUUUGAAAAAUCCUCUCAUUAUUAACAGCAUUAUCGAUAAGGCUGCCUUAAGACCAACUGAUGUAGUGCUAGAAGUUGGACCUGGAACUGGCAACAUGACUGUAAAGUUGUUAGAAAAGGCAAAAAAGGUUGUUGCUUGUGAACUUGACCCAAGGCUGGUAGCUGAACUUCACAAAAGAGUUCAGGGCACGCCUGUGGCCAGCAAACUUCAAGUACUAGUGGGUGAUGUGUUGAAAACAGAUUUGCCAUUCUUUGAUACUUGUGUGGCAAAUUUGCCUUAUCAGAUCUCAUCGCCUUUUGUCUUCAAACUGUUGCUACAUCGACCUUUUUUCAGGUUUGUGACAAAAGACUAGAGUUACUGCCAAAUUUUGAAAGACUUACAAUUCAGGUGGUGAACAUAGCCAAAAAUGAGUCAGAUGUGCUAUACUUAUGUUUCAAAGAGAAUUUGCCCUCCGACUGGUUGCAAAACCCGGAGAUAAGUUAUACUGCAGACUCUCAAUUAAUACACAGCUGUUGGCACGUGUGGACCAUCUAAUGAAAGUUGGAAAGAAUAACUUCAGACCACCGCCCAAGGUGGAAUCCAGUGUUGUAAGGAUAGAACCUAAGAAUCCACCACCACCCAUCAAUUUUCAGGAAUGGGAUGGUCUAGUAAGGAUAACCUUUGUUAGGAAAAACAAGACACUCUCUGCUGCAUUUAAAUCAAGUGCAGUGCAACAACUCUUGGAAAAAAACUACAGAAUUCACUGUUCAGUCCAUAAUAUUAUAAUACCAGAAGAUUUCAGCAUAGCAGAUAAAAUACAGCAAAUCCUAACCAGCACAGGUUUUAGUGACAAACGGGCCCGUUCCAUGGACAUAGAUGACUUCAUCAGAUUGCUACAUGGAUUCAACGCAGAAGGUAUUCAUUUUUCCUAGGUGUUUGGAACACAGAAUUUUUCAAGGUCAAGAAAAGAAAUGAAGUUUGUAUUUUUUGUAUUUGAGAAGAUAAUGCUUUUGCUUUAGAGACAUAAUUUACUUGACUGUUUUUGGUUCGAUACUACUACUGUUGUCACCAUUUAUGAUUCUGAAUUUUUAAGUUGGAAAGUUCUAAGUAUCCAAGUUUUUAAUGUAUAGAGCUGGUCCAAUCUAUUCACAAUAAUCUUCAAGUUCAGGAGCCGCAGAGACGCACAACUUUACACUUAAACUUAUUAUUUCUAACAGUUUAUUGUAUAAAGAUGUUACUCUUCUAUUUACUGUUAUAUACUGUGAGGCCUUCUUUAGGCCUUUAGCUCUGUUCCUCCAGUAGUAAAACAGUUAAAAUAUGCUUCACUAGUCACACAUUCCCCAUACCAUUUCAUGUUAUUCACAUUCCCUGUACCAUUUCUUGUUAUUCACAUGUACAGUAAAAUCAUUGUUUUUUAAAGUA